AUGGGUAACAGUCACGCUUCGUCCCAUGCAAAUCACGAAAACGACGAGAAUACCUUUGCUGCUUUGAAAUCUCGCCGAAAGUCGGCUCCCAUUGUACCUCCACUGAAUCUACGAGCUGUAGCCGCUAAUGAAACCACAUCAGGAAAUCAAGAAGAUAUUACUCUUCUAUGGGUUGGAGCUGUGCCAAAAAGCUAUAACAAACAAAAGCUUGAAGAAAAACUUCAACAAGUCAAUAAUUCAGUAAAAAUUUAUGAUGAUCUCACCAUACCUGUUUCUCCUGUGCAUCUUACUCCUACAAUCAGUUGUAUGAAAGACUCAUUAGAAUACAUUCAACUAAUUGAAAAAGAGAAAGCUGUGAUAAUUUUAUCACAUUCAAAUGCUAUGACUAUAGAUUCUGUAAAAGAAUAUUUAGGUGAAGUGAAUCAAAAGCGACAAAUAGUUUCAAUUUUAAUUCUUGACAUUUUCGACCAUUCCAAUGAUUCCUUGUAUCCGUCGUUUACAAAAGCGUUGCGUUUUGAUAAUUUCGAUAAAUUAUUUGCUGCAGCAGUAUCACAAAUUGAAUCAAUUGUUCGUGAAGCACUUGCCUUCAGUUUAUUUGAUCAAAAAAAGCAGCGAACAACGAAAGAUCUAACUAAAGAGGCAGCUUCGUUUUUGUGGUUUCAAGUGUUAGUCGAUGCAUUAAAAAAGAUGCCAACAAGUAAAAAUUCUCUCACAGCAAUGGUGAACAUGUGUCGAAGUUAUUACAAUACACAACCAAAGUAUGCUGCCGAUAUUACUGAAUUUGCCGGCAACUAUAUGCCGGCAGAUGCAGUUAAAUGGUAUACACGAGAAACAUUUCUCUAUCGCCUGGUAAAUAAGGCCCUUCGUACUGAAGAUGUAACAUCAUUGUACCUAUUUCGUACAUUUAUCGUUGAUUUGUGUAACCAAUUAGAAGCAGAGUUUGACAAAAUGAAACAAGAAGAAGAUGAAUUGGUUUUAUACCGUGGGCAACAAAUGUCAGAAAAUGAAAUUGAUAAAUUACAACAUAAUGAACAUAGUUUGAUUUCGACAAAUGGAUUUUUUUCAACAACGAGAAGUAAAAAAGUAGCAGUGAAUUUUGCAAAGACACACAGUACUCCAGGUGACGUAACGCCAGUGUUGUUUGAAAUUCGAGUUAGUACUAAACUAGAAAAAGUUGUCUUUGCCGAUAUUACAAAGCUAAGUGAAUUUUCAAUGGAAGCUGAAGUAUUGUUUAGUAUCGGCGCAGUAUUUCAAAUCGAUAAAGUUGAGUAUGAUCAUCCUGACAAAAUGUACAAGGUGUACAUGCUAGCGACAGAUGAGGGUUCUAAAAACGUCGCAAUACUAGGAAACAGAAGUUCCGAUAGCGGCAAACGUAUGCUCUUUGGAGAACUACUUCUUGAUAUGGGAAAAUACGCUGAAUCUCAAAAGUAUUUUGAGACUAUGAAAGAGCAAAUGCAAGCGGAUGAUGCUGAAAGUUCUGAUAUUUAUCAUAACCUAGGACGUGCCUAUGGUUAUAAGGGAGAAUAUGACAAAGCGUUGGAAAAUUUCAAUCGCGCUUAUGAAAUAAGACAGAGAUCUCUUUCAUCAUACGAUUUUUCGUUGGCCAACACUCUCAACAGUUUAGGGGUUAUCUACGGUGAAAAAGGAGAAUAUGAUAAAGCAAAAAAGAAAUUUAAUGAUGCUCUGGAAAUGCAGGAAAGAUGCCAGUCAGGAGAUGAAAAGACAAAGACAUUGCAUAUUGCACAGUCUCGUAGUAAUAUCGGUUGGAUUCACUUUUUGAAGGGCGAAUAUCCACAGGCACUUGAUUGCCAUAAGAAAGCUCUGGCCGAUAGAAAAAAAUUUUUAGGAGAAGAUGCCCUAUUGUUAGCUGAUAACUAUAGUUCAAUCGGUGGUGUUCACCAUGCACUUGGUGAGUUUGACAAAGCAAUGGAAACCUAUAUACAAGCACUGAACAUACGUGAAGCUAACCUGCCUUCUGAGCAUCCAUCAAUUGCUUUAAACUAUCAAGUAAUUGGCGGUGUACUUCAUGAAUAUGGUCGCUAUGAAGAUGCGCUCGAAAAGUAUAAGCGUGCAUUAGAUAUUCGAGCAAAAGCACUGGGUGCUAAUCAUUCUUCAGUUGCUAGUGUUUAUAAAUCGAUAGGGGGUGUCUAUCUUGAUCAGGGAGCCUAUGAAGAAGCUUUAAAACAGUAUAUGCGUGCAUUAGAAAUUUGUAUGUCGACUGUGUCCGAAAACCAUCCGACUACGGGUGAUUGCUACCAUAGUUUAGGAAUGCUUUGUGAAAGGCAAAAUCAUUUUGCCGAAGCUCUCCAACACUAUAACAAAGCUAGGAAAAUAACAACAAAAUAUUUGCCGAUAGAUCACCCGUCGGUAGCUAAAGUGUGGACAUCUAUUGCUAAUGUAAAGCUUCGCGAAGGCGCCUAUGAUAAAUCUAUUGAGAUGUAUGAAAAAGUUUUGGAGAUACAAAAUGUUGGUGGGGAAGAACAUCCGGACAUUAUACUGACGUAUAAUAACUUUGGAGUUCUAUAUCGAUUAAAAAAAGAUUAUCAAAAAGCGCAGGAAUAUUUUCAAAAAGCAUUUGCUAUGUGUGGAAAAUAUUUUGUUGAAGACCAUCCACUGAAAGCACGUAUUAUACAUAAUAUGGGUGAUAUGUACACGGAUAUGGAAGAUUUUGAAAAGGCUGUUGAUCAGUAUAAACAGGCUGUUAAAAUGCGAGAAGCAACAUUGCCGCCGAACGAUCUAAGUACAGCUAGUAGUUACUAUAACUUAGGUUGUGCUUAUUUCGAGAAGAACAACCGAGUGAAAGCCAUGUCGUGUUUUGAAAAAACUAUUGGCAUCUAUGAAAAUCAGCGUACAAGAGAUGAAAAAGCUAUUAAACGAGUGCAAAAGGCUAUCGAUAUAACAGAAGAAUCGUAUAAUAUAGCGAAGGAGAAAGACUCGGAAGCAUAG